AUGUCGGCUGGAGAUGCUGUAUCUGCGUGGCAGAGAUGGAACGACGAGAACAAGUUCGAUGUCCUUGGGAAAGGCCGAGAUCUUGACCUCACCUCUUCUCUGCAAUCAAGACACCAGCCAAGAAUAUUGAUUAAAUCAGUUGAAGACAAUUUAGAAGGGAAGAGUCAAAGUAUGGGCGGGCACAAAUUGAUGACUUUCAUUGACUUUCACCUGCGAGAGCACUACCUAGUUCUAGUACCUGGUACAUCGAACCACCAAGCUAAUAAUUACAAAGAUCGCCCCAAGUCAAUUGGUACCCUAUCAAAGCCACCAAAACCAGCGAGCAGCGAGAGCAUGAAAUCUACCAAAGUCGAAUCAAUGUCGUCGAAUGCUGAAGCCUCGCAGAGAUGUCGCCAAAUCUCAGACACCCAUGCCAAGCAGGUACCCACUACCAUGCGUUGGCCGGGGAUCUACGUCGCCCUGCCCAAGCUCUCUGCGCAUACACCGGAACGACUGCGUGGGUAUAUACCCACGUUUCGAACGGAUGCUGGCAAGAACGGGUACGUGGGUGUAAUACCAAAAGCCAAGGAUAGAGGCUACCUGGCACUUCUACACCAUCGCAGAUGUCGGUAUCCUUGUGCCAUCCCCUGCUCUUUGAACGGCCUCGCCGUGCCACCCUUGGCUCUUAUCACCCUCCAACCACCACGCCGUCACGCUUUCAUGCCUUUGCUCGCUGCUCGCUGGGUAUUUCUCGCUCUUGCCAUUGCCAAGUCAUCUGUGCUUCUCGCUGCCUGUACACCUGCCCUGCCCUGCCCUGCCAUUCGCUGCUGUCGGUCGUUGUCGUUGUCGUGGAUUUUGUUGCGUGAAUCGGCGCGUGAUCGAGUGUGGCGGAAUGUCAAGGUCGGUCUCGGAGUUGGACUGGCGAGUCUCGUGGGUGGAACUGUCGUGAUGGCGCGUUUCGCUGAAGGUCGUGGCGGACUGAGGGAAGCAAGCAAACCAGUUGUUUUGGUGCCGCCACUCAACCUUGCGAAUUGUCAAAGUCAAUGGCAAUGCUCACCUAGCAAAGUGUGGGUAGUUGGUGCUGGUGUAAGCGACUAUGGUGGGUGUAGGUGA